AUGUUCGGCCUCAGUAGAAGAUCAGCGCUUGCUCGCUCAAAAUCUCUGGCUGCACUGCCUGCGCGAGCGGCAGUCGCACCUCAGCCAUCCUGUAUCAACACCCAGGACUUCCACUCCACGCCAUCUCAGGCAGCUUCCCGGCCGACGUGGAUGCCCAUGCGUGUCAAGACACCAUGGAUUGAUGCAUUGACUCAAAUUCGCGAGGCUCAGAAGGCUGGGCCACAGGAGAAUGCUGCGCAGAGCGUUAAGCGUGAUCUCUCGCCAAAGAAGAUGUCGGAUAGCUAUUACAGUGCUAUUUUGCCUUUGGCCCAAGACAAAUGGCUUCUGGAUUCUUAUCUCAACGCCUCCGGGCAUAUCAGAUUGGGCUCUCUUCUGAUGGACCUCGAUGCCCUAGCUGGCAUUGUUGCCUACCGCCACACAGGUGACGGUGUAUCAACUGUCACCGCGGCGUGUGACCGAAUCACCAUUGAGAACCCCCUGAUGGAAAUCUGCGACCUUGAGCUCAGCGGCCAAUGUACCUACGCGACAGGUCGAUCAAGUAUGGAAAUCUCUCUUCAGGUCACCAAGGCCCGUCCGGAGGGACAGGAGGCAAAGCCUGAAGAUGUCCUGAUCACUUGUGCUUUCACAAUGGUCUCCCCUAGACCCGGCGACCAAGGCGUAUGUUCCUCCAUUAUCAAACCCGUCCCAGUGGCUCCUCUUAUCGUCGAAACCGAGGAGGAAAAGCGCCUCUUCCAAAAAGGCGAAGCGAAUUACCAAGCCAAGAAGGCCCUCCGCACACGCAGUCUCCUACAGAAAUCACCAGACGACGAAGAGAGCAACCUAAUCCACUCAAUGUGGACAAAGGAGAUGUCCUACCUGAACCCUCAAAACCCAGCAACCCGCCCCGCAAACCAGGUCUUCAUGAGCGACACAGUCCUCAAAUCCGCCAUGAUCAUGCAACCGCAAGACCGCAACCGCCACAAUUUCAUGAUCUUCGGUGGCUUCCUACUAAAACAGACCUUCGAGCUAGCCUUCUGCUGCGCCGCGUCCUUCGCACACGCACGACCAAACUUCGUCGCUCUCGAUCCAAGCACCUUCGAGAACCCAGUCCCCGUAGGCAGCGUGCUGUACCUGCGCGCGACGGUUUCGUACACGGAGCCCGAGGAGCGAGAGGGCGAUAGCACUAAGUACACUAAGGUGCAGGUGCGUGUUGACUCCAAGGUGCGGGAUGUUGAGCACGGCACCAAGAAGUCCACUGGUAUGUUUAACUAUACUUUCCUUGUUGAGAAGGAUGUGCAGGUUAUGCCGAAGGGGUAUGGGGAAUUUAUGCUUUGGGCUGAUGCCCGUCGUCGGGCGCAGAAUGCUGCUGCUAUUGAUCCCGCGCAUAAGAUGAGUGCGUUGCGGGGUAUUAAGGAUAGUGUUACUGAGUAG